UAUAAAGCUUAGGCUACUUUGACGGUGAGAUGUUUCCCAGCGGGUCACUUGCCGAAAUACAGAGUGUCAUGUUCCCCGGCAAGCACAUGGCUUCAUUUGGUGGACUGCUUAACAUCCUAGUGGUCCUGGUGUGUGUGACAAGGGACACCGUUACCGCCGACCUCGAACACACAAGCGGGGAUAAAACUUUGGACAACUUGCACAGCACACAUGUGUUACAUAAAAGAGCACCCGGGUGGGGAAAGCGAAAUGUAAAUGACUCCCCUUAUGACUAUGGUUUGAGUUCCGUUUUGGGCUUGGGAGACGAUAUGGAAGGCAUUAUGACGUCAGAAGACAAACAGUGGGGCAAAAGGACAUCUGAGUCGGACAAAAUCGAUACGGAGUCCGUUAUCGAAGAGAAACGGGCUCCUGGGUGGGGGAAGAGGAACACCUAUGGCCUGGAUAAGAAAGCGCCAGGAUGGGGUAAGAGAGCCCCAGGCUGGGGUAAACGUGCACCAGGCUGGGGUAAAAGAGCCCCAGGAUGGGGUAAACGGGCACCAGGGUGGGGUAAACGCGCACCUGGAUGGGGAAAACGCUCGCCUCUAGAAUGCCACGAGUUGGAUGAACAAGUCCAAGAGUACAUGUUACAUGCAAUACAGGCUGAGAUGCAGAGACGUCGCGUCUGCACUUAACUUGAAAUCACAGACCAAGACUGAUGGUAAAACAGAAACUCAGCGCUCGAUGCCAGCCUUGCUCGCCUGGACACUCAGAAUUAGGAUACAGCUAAAAUGCGUUUGACAAUCCAAAUCACUUUUGCUAUUUCAUGGAAUCGUCGAAUUUCUGAUACAAAAAAUACCCCCAACAACAACUCCCUAAUAACAUAGAUGCAUUUUGUGAAUGUUACGAAUCAAAACAAUUACUUUUUACAAUGAAUUCAGGCGCGUGUGCAGGAGUUUUAGCAGGAGAGGGUCUACAAUAUUGCGACUGAAGUUUAUGGGGAGGUGGGUGGAUGAGGGGAGUGGGGAGUCGUGUUAUGCUCACCCGGAAAAUAUAUUGAGAUAAAAAAAUUUGCUUGAGUAGGGAGGGGUUUCGACCCCCUAUACCCUCGCCCUGCACACGCGGCUGCAAUUUUCAGUUGUCUUUCUGUUUUUAUUAUGGACAUUAAGUUAAUGUUUAUUUUCAUGCAUUACGCUCGCGUAAAAAUUGUUCUCUUUCUCGACAUAGGAGAGACAGACGAUCCAUUGCUAUCUAACUUUCUGUAUUAAAGUUGCAAGUAUGACAA